ACAAUGAGUGCAAAAUUCGGAGGCGCUCUGAUGAACAUGAUUGGCGAUUUCGCAAAUAUGAGUCGGAUACCGGAUUUCAAUACGAAAAGUGAUGAAAGGCUUAGAAAUUCCGCACAUGCAACGGCUCGAGCUGUUGAUCGAAGGCAUUCCCUCAAUCUGGCUGUUGGUGUUUCGGCAAGUGAACAGUGA